AAUUCAUGUUCUUAGCCAAAAGCAGCUUAACUGGUAAGGCAUACGAAAUGUUAAUUGGCUUGCAACAGUUCAGUGGGAUUUUUGCAUUUGAAAGUUCAUAAUGGCACCUAUAGCAAACGGAUCUGCAGCACAAUUGCUGAUCGAGAACAAUUUACCACUAUGGCUGGACACUGUGAAGUUACAAAAGGCAGUGCAAAAGAAAUUAGGAAAUUUCAAUUUAAUCAAAUCCAUAAACAUUGAGGAUCACAUUAAGUCCGAAGAAGAUUUUUCAUCACUUAUGCUUCGCAUCAAUGUGGAAGUAGAAGUUGAUGCUGGAAAUACCACCACUACUUCUUUUAUAUUGAAGACCAAUUAUGCCAAUGAAGAGAUUAUCAACAUUGUCAAUACACUGCAGUUACUACCAAAGGAGGAAAAAAUGUAUCAUACAAUAAUUCCGAAAUUUGAGGCACUUUACGGAGAUAAGACUAGCAAAAAAGUAAAAUUUGCUCCACAAGCAUUCAAAUUCGACAACAGUUUGGAUACAGAUUACAUACUGUUGGACGAUUUGCAGACAAAUCAUUAUAAGAACGUAAAGGGUGCAACACUCAAUAUGGAGCAUAUGAAGCAUGCAUUGAACAAACUAGCAGAAUUCCAUGCCGCUUCCGCUUGUUAUGUGGAACACCAUGGCAUGUUUAGCGAAGAGUUCACAGUAAGCAUCUUCAGUGAAUCAAAUCGUAUUUUGCUUAAAAGGUUCAAUGCAUCUGAUGUAUUCCUACAACAUUUGAAGAAAUGGAAAAAUGGUGAUUAUUAUUAUCAAAAACUCGCUGAUAGCGAUAAGUAUAUCAUUGAUCGUUUACUUGAAUUACAAAAAGUUAAUCCCCGUGAAUUUAAUGUGCUCAAUCAUGGGGAUUGUUGCGUUAACAAUAUAAUGUUCAAGUAUGAUGCAUCGGGCAAAAUAGAAGACACAGUAUUUUUAGAUUUUCAAGUUGGAAAAUAUGGCUCACCAGCUAAUGAUUUGUAUUAUUUAAUUUUAUCUUCGGCCGAUUUAAGCAUAAAAUAUACAGAAUUCGACUUCUUUGUUCGUUUCUACUACGACAAGCUAAUUGAAAAUCUGAAAUUGCUGGAAUAUCAUCGGCCACUACCUAAACUACGGAGUUUACACAAUACUCUACUCAAACACGGCUUGGCCGCUUACAUGGUUGUAUCGAAGGUGCUACCAAUUAUAAUGUUGGACAAAACUGAUAACAAACACUACUCAAAUUGUUUAAAUGACGAGACGAAAAUGAGAGAACUCAUGUACAAAAAUCACAAAUACGUGCAGGCCGUGAAUGAAUUAUUGCCAUGGUUGGAUAAUCGCGGCUUGUUGGACUGGAAAUGAGGAAGUUAAUUUUUGACAUCUUAUUUUAUUAAAAAUUAUUCUGUUGAAAAAAUUGUAUUCCAUGUCAAAGCUUUUUGUUUACAA